UGCUUCCGGUUGUGUGAUGAUGGCUGGGAGAGGAGGCUGGCCUGUGCCGCUGUUUCUCCUGUUCGUCGUCGGGGCUUCCGCACGGAUCCACCACCUCACCCUCAAGGAUGACACAAGAUCGAGAGUUCAUUUGAACACCUUUGGCUUCAACGCCAAUGGAACUUUGAUUGUCAACCUCACGAGUCUUCGGUUAAAAACAACUAUUGACCUGACGAAGAUCACAAUGGGGUUUAGCCUUGCAAAAACGAAGACUGAUGGUGUGGCUGCCUACACAGUAGAUGACUCUGACUCAUGUUUGCUCGAGAAAUAUAACAGUUCUUCAGGUGAUUCCCUCACCCUCUUCAAAUUUGAUCUAAUACAGAAAAAAGUUUUCAUGAAGAAACAAGGUGGACAGAAAAAGCUGCAGAUAAUGCAACUGGAUGAUCAACAGAAUUCUGAAACGAACAAUACACCAACUGUGAAGAAAGACGACCAACGGGCAAAGAGCCCGGAGCCAAAAGUAGAGGCCCAAAAGAGUGCUAAACCCGGUUCAAAGUCAAGACGGAAAAGAGGAACAGAUCAAAGUAAGGGCAAAGAAGCGUCAAAAGGAAAAGUGCAGCCAGUUGAAGAGAAGAAAGCUGAAAAGAAUGAGGAAGUUUUCGAACUGCACUACGUGAAUGAAAGCUACGCCUUCAAAUUCUUCAUAAAGAUUCCAAGCCCAGCAGAGGAAGGGCUUUAUACUCUCAGCUUCCACAACUGCUAUAAGAUCCCUUCACAGAAAAAAAAAGCCGUUGCGUUUGACAUGACGAUUGACAUAACGGCAAAAAAUCCACGGACCUACCUUUCUGCUGGCGAGUUCCCACUACCUGUGCUGUAUCUGGUGAUGUCUGGGUUUUUCUUUGUGGCAGCGUUAUUCUGGGUCUCCCUGCUUCUAAAGCACAGGAGCAGUGUAUUUAAAAUCCACUGGUUGAUGGCUGCAUUGGCGUUCACCAAAUCCAUCUCCAUACUGUUCCAUGCGAUCAACUACUAUUUCAUCGCUGUUAAAGGAUCAGCAAUUGAAGGUUGGGCUGUGAUGUACUACAUUACUCAUUUAUUGAAAGGUGCCCUGCUGUUUAUUACUUUGGCUUUGAUCGGCACAGGAUGGGCUUUUAUAAAAUAUAUCCUGUCAGAUAAAGACAAAAAGAUCUUUAUGAUCGUGAUUCCUCUUCAGGUGUUAGCAAAUACAGCCUUUAUCAUCAUUGAAUCGACGGAAGAGGGGACGAGCGAAUAUGCUUUGUGGAAGGAGAUUCUCUUCCUGGUGGAUCUUAUUUGCUGUGGAGCGAUCCUGUUUCCUGUUGUUUGGUCAAUUAGGCACUUGCAGGAGGCUUCAAGCACGGAUGGCAAAGCUGCAAUGAAUCUGGCCAAAUUGAAACUCUUCAGGCAUUUUUAUGUCAUGAUUGUUUGUUAUAUAUAUUUCACCAGAAUUAUCGCUAUUCUCCUUAAAUUCACUGUCCCGUUUCAGUGGCAGUGGAUGUACAAUUUUCUAGUCGAGGCAUCUACGUUGGUGUUCUUUGUGCUGACUGGGUACAAGUUUCGGCCAGCCUCCAACAACCCCUACUUACAGCUCCCUCAGGAUGAGGAGGAUGUCACAAUGGAUGAAGUUGUGACAGAGUCGGGUUUGCUGGCAAGUGUGACCAGAGUGAAGAAGAGCAACUUUGAGAGGGAACAAAUCCGGGAUUCCUCUGUAUGAGACUUGGCAAUUUAGGAUUGAUGGUUACCAAGGAAGAGGCCCACUUGGAUCUCCACAUGGACAUUGGGAAAUGGAAGUAACACAGGAAUUCAAAAUGGAUAAAGUGGAUUGACAAAUACUGUUGGUAAUUCCCAUUGUAAAACUGUUAGGCAAAUAAAUAACCUGUACAUAUGUAAUACAUAAAGAUAUAUCUUUAUAUAACCCAGUAAAUUGGAGUAUAUCUUCCUGAAUCUUUAAAACCAAAGUCUUGGUUUAAGUGGAAGGCCGUUUUGACUGUGAUUUGGCAGAUGAUUAGGGAAUGAGUUUUCCCUUUUAAAUUUUGUGGUUUUUUUUAUGCAACUGCCUUCUUGCCAGAAUUACCUUGUGAAUAACUGCUUGUGUGCCCACUCUGCCCACAGUCAGCUGGCAGGUAUGCACAUUAUGUGGUGGUACAGUUUUCCCAAUGGCCUGUCCAAACAGUCCUGUCCCUUCUUUCAAAGGUCAUGCACAAGCAGAUAAUGUUGCAAAGCUCUGUCGACCGCUUUGAAAGAACUGUGAACUGCGUCUUGUUGAACUCCCAACGCAAAAGUGUGGGCACGAUUCCUGUGUGGAGAGUCUGAAUGUGAGAGCGUGCGUUUAAUUUUGUGACAAACUCUCUGUGGCUGUUGGUAGGGAAAACAAUCCAGAAUGCACCAACCAUUCUCCCUAUAACUGUUUAUUUUUGUUGAUUUUAUAAAAUGUAAAUCCUUUCUGGGGAGGUGGUGGCAGGGAGGCGGAGUGGUGCCUGUGCAAGAAGGUUGUAACAAGUUCAAUUUUCCAAUGUGUUUGCCAGAGAAGGUGCGAAAAUCAGUUUGCUGUGUCCCUACAGCGGUGGAGAACCUUUGUCAGGUUCUUGUGUGCGAAGUGCAGACUAUUUCGGCUUGGCACUGACACUCUGCUGAACCCUCAAAUUGGUACUAACUUAGCUUUAUUCCUGAUUUCCAGAGCAUGGUUUGAAGAUGGCCUGUUUUGUAGUGUGUUUAUUUUCUCGAUAACUUCAGUGCUGCAUUGUGGAGAACUCCUGAUUUGGGUUUCCUGUUUUAAAACUGUUUUGAGCCAGCCUGAUGAAGAAAUAAUAAUUUGUAUAAAAUUGCUGUUUAUAAAAACAAAAUUGUGGGUAUAAAGAGUUGUAUAAAUUUCUUACAGUCCUCUGUAGGAUAUAUAUUUAAAAAGAGCUUUUAUGCUUUUGAAUUUGCGUUCCCAGUGCUCAAAUUAUGGGACUCUCGAAGAAUUAUUCAAAUCAAUUUUUUUCAUUUUUGUAUUACCUUUCCCUAGUUUGGUUUUCUGUCUGUGUCUCUCUUCUCAUAUCUGUCUCUUCUGUCUGCCUGUCUUUGUUUGAGUGACUCCCUUUAUCUUCCUCCCUAGCAUUAGACUAUUCAAGACCAGUUUUGUUGAAACUCUUUCCCCUGGUUUUUAUGCUUAGUCUCUUGCCCCUUGCUUUAGUCUCUCACUCCUUGCUUUAGUCUCUAGCUCUCGCUCGCUCGCUGUCUCGCUCUUCCACCCCCCCCCGCUUUCUUCUUCUUUUUUCUCUCUCUCUAUGUGCCUCUCUCUCUCUCUCUCUCUCUCUCUGUCUCUCUCUCUCUCUCUCUCUCUCUCUCUCUCUCUCUCUCUCUCUCUGUCUCUCUCUCUCUCGUGUUCUGGGGCUAAUUGUUGUUGGGCUACUGUCCCACAGGCUGAGCUUUCUGAGUCGUCGCUCUUGUCUAAGGUGAGGUAAUGACUGUUGAGCAGCUUAUCUGACCAUGGGGUGGACCGUGUUAAAGGUAGGUUGUCGCCAUCAAGCUAGAUCCUGUUCUCAACAAAAACAUCCCCAUGAGUGCCUUUUCCAGCAGUUUGGUUUGGUUAGUUGCUGGCUAGGAUCAUUAUUGUCUUUGGCAAGCAUUGUUACACCUGGCUCAUACCCAUAUGGAACAGUGAUCACUUCAUGGUGCAAUUUACUUAUAACAGCCAACCCAGAAUUGUAGAGACAAUGUAAAAGCAAUAAUCAAUGGUGUGCUGGUCUACAGUUUCUAACUAGACAUGUAUGUACAUAUUUGUUGUUGAUCUUGGAAAGUAGUUAGGUUCUUUUUGAAGCCCAAAAUUGAAACACCAGCUGUGUAUUUAUUUCCUUCUUUAUAAAUAAGUUCAUGCUUUAAAAUGGUUCACUGUUGCUGCAACCAGGUUUUAUUUUUAACAAGAAUAAACUCUGCUGUAAAUCAUCA